UUUUAUCUUCUUCUCCUUACAGAUAAGGGUUUUUCCUUUCAGUUCUCUACUACUUCACUCUCUGUGUAAGUUGUAACCAUGGCUGAAACUUCCAGAAGUUUCUAUUCAACACUGAUACCCAAUUUCUCAAAACCCAUUUCUUCAAUUAGAAGAACAACAUCUGUUUCUCCAACUACAAUCAUAAAAAGGAAUUCAAUAUUUUGCUCUAGUAUUUCUACUACUACUUCAAAUGAUAGCAGCACAAUCACAGCAAAUAAGAAAAUUCCUUGGGGUUGUGAUGUUGAUUCUUUAGAGAAUGCUUCUUUGUUGCAGUCAUGGUUAACAGAAUCAGGUCUUCCUGAACAAAGAAUGGCUAUCCGAAAAGUCGAUGUUGGUGAGAGAGGUCUUGUUGCUUUGAAAAAUAUUAGAAAGGGUGAAAAAUUGCUCUUUGUUCCUCCAUCUUUGGUUAUUUCCGCUGAUUCGGAAUGGAGCUGUCCAGAAGCUGGAGAGGUUUUAAAAAAGAAUUCUGUACCGGAUUGGCCAUUGCUGGCAACAUACCUUAUUAGUGAAGCAAGUUACAUGAAGUCUUCGAGAUGGAACAAUUAUAUCUCGGCCUUGCCACGACAACCUUACUCACUCUUGUAUUGGACACGCUCAGAACUAGACACGUAUCUAGUUGCUUCGCAGAUCAGAGAAAGAGCUAUUGAAAGAAUAAACAAUGUAACUGGAACAUACGAAGAUUUGAGGCUCAGGAUUUUUUCUAAGUACCCUCAUUUAUUUCCAGAGGAGGUGUUCAAUAUGGAGACUUUCAAGUGGUCUUUCGGUAUUCUUUUCUCACGUUUAGUUCGGUUGCCCUCACUGGAUGGAAGGAAUGCUUUAGUCCCUUGGGCGGACAUGUUGAAUCACAGCUGCGAUGUGGAGACAUUCUUGGACUAUGAUAAGUCAUCAAAGGGAAUUGUUUUUACAACUGAUCGGCCAUAUCAGCCAGGCGAGCAAGUUUUUAUAUCAUAUGGGAGGAAAUCUAACGGAGAGCUGUUGCUGUCUUAUGGUUUUGUUCCAAGGGAAGGCACAAACCCAAGUGAUUCAGUUGAAUUGUCACUAUCACUUGAUAAAUCUGACGACUGUUAUGGGGAGAAAGUAGAAGCUUUGAGGAGGCAUGGCUUGUCUGCGUUUCAGCGGUUUCCGGUGCAGAUCACUGGUUGGCCAUUAGAGUUGAUGGCAUAUGCUUAUUUAGCAGUCAGUCCUCCAAGUAUGUCUGGACAGUUUGAAGAGAUGGCUGCAGCAGCUUCAAAUAAAACAACAUCCAAGAAGGACAUGAAAUACCCUGAAUUGGAAGAGCAGGCUCUACAGUUCAUUCUGGAUAGUUGUGAAUCAAGCAUAUCAAAAUACACGAAGUUCCUUCAGGGGAGUGGUUCACUGGAUCUGGAUGUCACUUCACCUAAGCAAAUAAACAGGAAGUUGUUUCUGAAACAGUUAGCCAUAGACUUGUGUACCAGUGAGAGACGUAUAUUAUUCCGUUCCCAAUACAUACUGCGAAGGAAGUUGAGAGACAUGAAAAGCGGUGAACUUCAGGGUCUUAAGAUUCUGAAUGGAUUCUUGAAGUUCUUCAACUAAGAUAGAUGGAUAGAUAAGAGGGCACAAGUAGUGCUUCACUGGUAACAUUGCAAGGAAGGAACUAAAGGAUAAUACUAUGUGUAAUAUAAGAAUUUCGGGAUGUCUCGCUGUUAUAGAUCCUUGUAUGUUGUUGCAACUCUAAGGUUGAUCAGUGAAUACGCAAGAACAAAUUGCUCAUUUCAUGGGUUCCUUUUCUCUCU